AUGAUUCUUAGAAAAUAUAUCAAAGCUUUAGAAAUAUGUAAUCCAGAUAUACUUCGUCAUUUAGCAACUGUUUAUCAUGAUUUAUUAUCACAUGAAAAAUCACUUGAUUUUCUUAUUGAUCUCUUACAAAAAGAUCAAUUACAUGAUUCAAUAUCAUUAAAUGCAUUGGAUAAAACAAUCACAUUCUAUGACCAUAUUUAUAAGAGUCAUUUACAUCAAGAGAAAUUUUCGAUGAUAUAUUAUCUGAGAGAUUUAAUACGAGUUGUUUUGCUAAGUAGUGAUGCACUUCAAACUGAUAUUCAACGUGUACAACUUUUACAAAAGGCUGGUAGUGAUCAAAGUCCAUUUGCUGCACUUGUUAAACGUCUCGUUGAAAGUAAUGAACAAAUGCGAGCUCAAGCAGGAAAAAUCAAUCGUCUUGUACCACAGGAUGAUAAUACAAAUCAUUCAUUAAUUCUUGACACUAAAACGAUAUCUUCCAUUGAAUCAACUAUUCGAAAUUUAGAUCGUUUAACAAAAACAUUUCAUGAAAUAUGUUCAGGUUUAACAACUCAAAUUCUUAUACUUUCUGAUCCUAACGAUCGUGUAAGUACACAAGAUAUUGAAAAUAUUGCAUAUCAAGCAUGUGAUAAAAUUUAUAAAAAAGAAGAUAGUGGUCCAUAUGAUAGUUUAUGGAAUUCUAUGUAUGAAACUCUUUCAACAUUAAUCAAUGUUAGUAAUGCACUUGAAAAUGGUUCAUUUGAUUCAAAUAUGAAUGACCAGAAUGAAAAACCUAAACAACCAAUUUAUGUAAUUGCUGAACAAUUAAAAACUUCAAUGAAUGAAUCAGAUUCAAUACGUGGUCGAUUGGAAUUAAAAGAUGAAGAAUUAAUUGAUUUGAAAAAAAUGCUUAAAUCAAAACAUGAUGAAUUAAGUGAAUUGAAUAUACGUUUAGCAUUGAACGAGAAAAAAAUCGACAAUUUACAAAAAGAAUCCGAUGAAAAAACGAAUAAACAUCAACAAGUUUUAGAAGAAACACGAAUUGAUGCACAGAAAAAAAUAAAACAAUGUGAAGAAGCUAUGGGUGUAUUACAAAAUGAUAAUGAACAACUUGAACAAGAAAAAAGUGCACUAAAAGAGCGUUUGAAACAACUAACGAAAACGAAACUUGUUGAUGAUAUUAUGCAGAAAAAAGGUGGGGCUACACAAAAAACAUCUGGACUUUUAAGUCCUACAAGUGAUGGUGGAAUGAGUUUACAACGACAAUUAUCAUCGUCAUAUAAUAAUGAAGGAAUGACCGGAUCCACAGUAAACGAACAAGAAGUCGCAGUAUUAAGAAAUACAGUUCAUUUAUUAAAAGAUGAAUUAUGGCAAUUAAAAAUGUCACGUACAACAAGUGAAUUAUCUAAACUUCCAAUGCCACAAAAAGAUACCAAAACAACUGAAAUAGCUGAUAUUUAUAAAAGUUCAACAUUACUUUUAAAUGAUCUUUUUUCAACUAUUGCUAAUUAUAAAAUAACUGGAGAAAAUGUUGCAGUGAAACAAGAAUUAAUGCGUUCAAAAAUGAAAUUAGUUGAUCAAACCGCAUUUAAUCUAAAUACUCGUCUUAAUGAAUGUCAAAGUACUAUUCUUCCUGGUUCAACUAUUCAAACAACAAUGAAAACAUUUUCAAAUCCACAAUUUUCUAAGUCUCUUACACAAGAUCGUCAAUUAGCAGCAGAAAUUCAUUUACCUGGUGUGAAUACUGGUGGAGAGUUUGAUAUAACUCAAGAACAAUAUCGUACUAUAAUGCGUGAAGCUAUUGGAUGUGUUUGA